CCACCGAGUCAGCACUACGUGCUUUAAAGAUGGCGGCGUGUAUGAGUGCUGGAUCUGAUGUUUUUAUUAGCCUGAAGUUUGUCAUUUGAAGUGCUGUAUUAAGCAAGCUGUGCACGUCAGUCUUUAAUAUAUCGUGUAUGAGACUCGGGCUCCGGUCGUUCAAAUGUCCGAGGGCAGAUAGAUAGACGGGAAUGUGAUAGCUCACUGCGCUCAGACAGGUUGAGUUGUGUUGGUGGCCAGUUUGACGCUAAAAUUGACAGCUUUAAUCAGCUAGCAGUUCACAUACUCCGAGAGGACAUCGUGCACGAAACUCAGCAAAUGUGACCUUCUGUCUGGCCAAUAACAUCCUACUAGUCAGAUCCAUCACGUUCAUAUCUGCUCUGGUCAUAUGUUUAGAAAGUAAGAUUAGCUGCUUUCUUUACAUUGUUAGCAGGUGAUCUGCCAGUCACUGAAUGCUGCUAGUUACACUAACUUACAUCUUUGCAGAUACAUAUAUUGUGUGUUAGUGCAGUUUGCAUUGCUUUUAUUCACUUUGAAAAGCACUUCCAGCAUUUUCAAACCUAUAAUGAACGAGUAGUUUUGACUGGUGGUCUUUCUGUCUUAAACAGAAGGGGAGUCAAACCCUGAAUGGUUAUAGUUACAUUUCUCUGGUUUUCAUCUAUUUCCCGGUAGUAUAAUGCUCUCCCGAGCUGUAAGGAAAUCUCUCUCCUAUGGAAAUGCAGUAUUGGCGGGUUUCUCUGGCAGCUAUUAUUGCAGUCGUGUGUGUUUUCAUCAGACCGCCGUGUGUAAAGUUGCUUCGCAAGCUGAAUGUGCCUUCAGACCUGCGAAAGUGGCUGUUGUGACUAAAACCACACGAUAUGAGUUCGAGCAGCAGAGAUAUCGCUAUGCGGGACUGUCGGAGGAGGACCUCAAACAGCUGCUUGCUCUAAAAGGAUCGAGUUACAGUGGGCUUCUGGAGAGGCACAAUAUACACACCUUCAAUGUUGGACAUAUUGUGGAAAGUCUACAAAAACAGGGGAUUGAGGUGCGUGUUGUAAAAAGAGGAGAGUAUGAUGAGGAGACGGUACGAUGGGCCGAUGCCAUCAUCUCUGCUGGAGGUGAUGGCACCAUGCUGCUAGUUGCUAGUAAAGUGUAUGAUAAGAGCAAACCUGUAUUGGGUGUCAAUACAGACCCAGAGAGGUCGGAGGGUCACCUGUGUUUGCCCGUCCGCUACACACACGCCUUUUCUGAGGCCUUGCAGAAACUCAGGAAGGGAGAUUUCAGGUGGCAGUGGCGUCAGCGUAUCCGCAUGCAUCUGGAGGGCACCGGCAUCAAUCCCACUCCAGUGGACCUUCAUGAACUGCAGCUGAGUCUUCAACAGCACAGCAAAGCCCACCGAAUCAGCACAGGCACCCAGAGCAGCACUCCCCACGACAGUCCCGAAGCGCCUCAUUUACUGCCAGUCCGUGGGCUCAAUGAGAUCUUCAUUGGCGAGUCUCUGUCCUCCAGGUUGAAGUAUAAAUCCUUCAAACCCCAUCUUACCCUCUCGCUUCAUAGGGCUUCAUACUAUGAAAUCUCCAUUGAUGACGGGCCGUGGGAAAAACAGAAGAGCUCAGGCCUCAGCAUUUGCACUGGAACUGGAUCCAAAGCCUGGUCUUACAAUAUUAAUAAGCUGGUGGAGCAGGCAGUGGAGGAUGUACUCAGAAUAGCUAAAACAAAGACUGGUUUGGAGGUGCCUCUAAACCGGGAGUUCGUUGAGAGUGUAACAGACACGUACAAUGAGUCUCUAAUCUUCAGCCCAGAGGAAGACAAACUGUUCUUCAGUGUGAGAGAGCCCAUAGUCAACAGAGUAUUCUCCAACAGCCGACAAAGAGGCUUUGCCAAAAAAGUUUGCGUUCGCUCGAGAUGCUGGGAUGCCUGCAUGGUAGUAGACGGUGGAACGUCCUUCGAGUUUAACGACGGUGCCAUUGCUACAAUCAGCUUAAACGAGGAGGACCUGCUGCGAACUGUCAUUCUUGAUUAAAUCCUGUGAUUCAUCAAACUGUUGCUUGACAAGCUUGAAUAUAUUUAUUGAGGAACGAACUGUCAUCAAAGCCAGACUUUGAGAUGAACAGCGAGGUUUGAGUAUGAAGUGUACAUAAAAUCACACUUCCAUAGUCUAUGAUUACAGCUUUCAGGAAUAAACACAUCUUUCCUAGAUACACCAC